CGAGGAUCCCACGUCGCAACCCAGUCCUGUGCAUAUGCAUACCUCAGUUCCGAAUUGGGAGACCGUCUCUCCUUACAUUUCCAUUGGCGACAAGUAGAUUGCCACCCUGCACAAACUCGAAUGCGUGCGGUGUGAGGUUGUCCAACGACCAUUACCAGUUCACAGCUAGCAGCCGUUGCAGCACCGUCCAUCUGGAGCUGGGACACCAAAACACCCAGAACGAUGGCCAACACCACCACCACACCACCACCACAGCAUGGCGGUGCAUCGCCACCCAAGUACACGCCCGCCGAGCAGCGCGUCCGGCAGCACCCAGACGUGGCCAAGCUAAUCGCGCGGGAGCCCGUCUGCGCUUCCAUGCUGGCCGAGCCGUCCAUACGCAUCUGGGCGCCCCCCGUCAACGCCGACGACGUCGACGGCUUCAAGUUGGCCCGCAUGGGCACCAACGACCUCUUCUCGCGCACCCUGAACACGCCCGACACUGUCGAGCAGUUCAUCCUCUUCUGGGACGAGUCCCAGCCCCGGCUGUUCCCGCAGAGCCUGGUCACCGUCGUCGGCGACGGCGCCGUCUCGGGCGAGCAAAGGGAGCUGCCGCCCACGACGGGCGAAGGAUCCGCGGUGGCGCUGUCGGCGAGUCAUCAAGAAAGCGUGGAAGGGGUGGCCGGUGAAGAGGAGGAGCAGCAGCAGCAGUUGCAGGAUAUCGAGCCGGAGAGGAUGGACACGCUGCAUGCGUUCGUCAGUGUCGGCGACGCGAUAUCCGGGUGGCCGGGUGUCGUGCACGGCGGCAUUGUGGCGACAAUUUUUGACGAGGUCAUGGGCUACGUGCCGAUGCUCAACAGGAUCCGGGGUGUGCCCAUGUUCUCCAACUCCGGCUACAUGACCGGUUACCUCAACACCCGGUAUCAUCGGCCGGUGGGCACCUCUGCGGUGCUGCUGGUCACGGCCAGGAUUGCCCGGGCGGAGGGGCGCAAGUGUUGGGUCGAGGGCGAGAUCCGUUCGACGGUGCACGGUGGGCUGGAGGGCCCAGUGCUGGCCAGCUGCGAGGCAUUGUUCAUUGCUUUGACCACGGACGGGCCGAAGCUGUAGAUGACUUGGGGCGGGAUGUUUUGGUCCUCUUGGUCUUGAAGGGAAUCCGAAGUUCAUAGACUGUUUUUGCUACACGGGACAGAAUUUCUGCCAGCGCCCAACAGAAGUCGCCGUCUUUAGAUAUCAACUGUAAAGAGCUUGCCUGCAA